AUGGUGUUUAGAAGAGGCGAUCAAGUGGAAGUUGCGAGCCAAGAAGAGGGGUUUAAGGGUUCAUACUACACAGCAACAGUAAUCUCAGAGCUGCUGAAUAAGAAGUACAUAUUGCAAUUCAAGACUCUCUUGAAAGAUGAUCUCUCCGGACCUUUAAGAGAAAUCGUCGCCGCCGAUGAUGUCCGGCCGGCGCCGCCUGUGAUUCCGGUAACUGGGUUUGGUUUGUACGACAAAGUUGAUGCUUUUGACAAUGACGGUUGGUGGGUCGGGAAGAUCACUGGGAAAAUUGGGAACAAGUUCUUCGUGUAUUUUGAGACAAGUGGGGAUGAGAUUGCAUAUCAAUUGGAGAACUUGAGGGUUCAUCAAGACUAUUUAAAUGGCAAGUGGGUUUGUUCAAGAAAAGGGGUUUCUUAUGAGAGUCUCUAUCGCUGA